GCGCCGCACAAAAGGACGACCCCGAUGGGUGCAUCGUCCGACCAAACCGUGGGCGCGAUCCUCCUUGCCAUCUCUGUGAGCACGUUUGCGUACUACACGCUCUGGGUCAUCAUCACGCCCUUUGUCGACAAGGACCAUGUCGUGCAAGGCUUUUUCCCUGACCGCCAUUACGCGAUUGCAAUUCCUGCAAUCCUUCUCGUGAUCUUCUUGACGAUCUGCUCUACGUUUAUCGGUUUGGUCAUGAUCAAGUCGAAACACACCAAGGAAGAGUAGCUACAAUCAACGAGCUUCUUGCUUUCCAUCGUGUGAGAGCGUUGCAUUAAAUUGACCCC